CUGGACUACCUCUCUUAAGUUUGGUUUCUCUUUCUCUUUCUCUUUCUUCAUGCUUCGUACAUAUAUAUAUAGUUAACAAACUUAAGGUCAUGGCUACCAUUCUAGAGAGAGCAUUUGGCUUUAUCGUAUCCUCCAUUGCAUACUGCUUCUUUCGCUAUCGAGAUCACCACAAAAGCAACAACGGCAUCCACCGCAAUCACAAAAUGCCUAAGGGUCGACCUCUUUCCUUGCAGACUGUGGAUCUCAAAGUAAGGAUGUGCUGCACCGGGUGUGAAAGAGUUGUGAAAAAUGCCAUUUUCAAACUUAGAGGGGUGGACUCAGUGGAGGUGGACCUGGAGAUGGAAAAGGUGACAGUAGUGGGUUACGUGGAUCGGAACAAGGUGCUCAAGGCAGUGAGGAGAGCAGGAAAAAGGGCGGAAUUCUGGCCAUACCCAAAUCCUCCUUUGUACUUCACGUCAGCCAAUGAAUACUUUAAAGAUACGACUAAUGAAUUCAAGGAGAGUUACAACUACUAUAGGCACGGCUACAAUGUUGCCGACAGGCAUGGCAACAUUCCUGUCACUCACCGCGGAGACGACAAAGUCAGCAAUAUGUUCAACGAUGACAACGUCAAUGCCUGUUGUCUCAUGUAAAAAAAUCUAGCUACUCAUUAUUAUUCUCUUAAUUCAUAUCCAUACUCAUCCUCAUCCUCAUUGCCAUGUCAUGUAAUUAUAUUCUCAUGCGCCAUAUAUAUAUAUAUAUAUAUAUAUGCAUAAUAUAGUACGGCUUGGAGUAUGAAAAGGAUCUGUUCAACUUUUCAUGUGUAUAUAUAUGUAGAAGUGCCGAAUAAAUUCAAUCGAACAGUUCAAUCA